CUUCGGUUAGCUCUGCGAUCGCCUUGUGAGUCCUCUCUGUGUUAGACCAAAGACACACGGAGAAGAAGAGGGAGUUAUGGCGGGACUUCUAGCUUGGGCCGCCGACGUCGUCGGGAAAAACGGAAAAGACGGAAGCGACGAGAAGGAUCGGAUCCCAUUAGUGUUCACAGAGGAGCAGCAGAGAUACGUCGAUGAGCUCGGCCGAAAAGCGACAACGCUCAGCCGUUCGAUCCAAGAUCUACGGCUCAGAUUACCUCCACCUGAUAUCUCCCAGCGUCUCCCUCACCUUCAUGCUCACUCCUUAGCCUCCAAUGCAGCUCUCACUCUUCAGCUUGAUUCGCACUCCGCUACUCGUGAACAGGCGCAAAUGAGAGAGCAGACGUUGGUGGAAGAGAAUAGUGCGUAUGAGAAUGCGAUAUCAAUCUGUGAGAUAAAGAUAGAAGAGAAGAGAGACGAAGGUGAUUCUCUUCUUAGAAAGUUGAAGGAGCUUGAAGAUGUUGAGGAAAGCUUGAAAACUGAGCAAGAAGCUUCUCUAGAUGAAAGGCAUUCCAAAGGAUCUGGUGAGUCUGUUAUUCAGCCUGAUGGGGAUGGUAGAGAUGGAGCUGAUGCAGAGGGCAUGAAGUCUGUGAUGCUACAGAAGUUGGAGAGCAAAAAGAACGAUUUGAGUUCAAUGGAAGAUAAGGUUCAGGAGUUAGGGAGGAGUUGGGCUGUUAUACAGGAAAGAGCACUCAAGCUGCCUUCUCCAGCUCAGAGAGAGAAGACACUGGAUAAACAACUUCAUACUCUAAUCGAGCAAUUAGCUGCAAAGCAGGCACAAGCAGAGGGGAUUGUUGGUGAGAUUCGUUCAAACGAGAUGGAGUUAGAGAGACUGAACAGUUUGUGUAGAAGAUAUGAGAGCUUUAACGUUGAGGGUAACGCUGCAAGGAACAGAUUCAAAAGAACAAAUUCAGAAAGAGGAUUUGGAUCAGACCAUGAAGUUGAUGCUCAUUCCUACCUUCCAUAUUCAACUGCCUCAAGAAAUGAGAGCCAAACAAGGCUUAUGUAUCUCAGGUCAGCUUUUGUCGUCUACAUUUUGGCUCUGCACGUCCUGGUUUUCAUCAAGAUUUCCUUUUGAGAUAUUAUGUACGCGCUUUUAGUUUGCAUAUAAAAUUUAUAGGCAUAAUGAUAAUUGUUCGCAAAUGUUUUUUCCGUCUUUGCAUAUGAAUAUACAUAGCAAUCAAGUUCUUUUGUGUAUUUUAGAUAUUGGACUCAUCUACUCAUUCUUGAGGGAUGGUUUUUACUUUUCUGUCUUCAUCAUUUGCAGCAAAAUAUCAUUCCAAGAAUCAAUUGGUCCCGGGAGGCACCAAUGAAUACAAUCAUUUCUUAAACUCAACUCUGCAGUCUGCAAAUGGCCAUAUCUCCCAGGAUGCCCAUCUGGUCGAAGUAGCAUUGCUUGUGUCGUGUCCAUCAACCUCAGUUUCAAACCCUUCUUCUUCAUCUCUUCUUCUGCAGCUCUAAAUUCCUCUAGUUGAAUGUCGUGAAUCUUGAGAUCUGCACCUUCUGGUAUCGUCUCGUUUCUUCUAUAAGGUCGUGUCCUUACACAGUCCCCACCUUUGUCCCAAGGUCCACCUUCAAAAUGUUGAGGAGAAAAACUCCUCAAUAUUGCCAAACCCUUGAAAUUUUCGAGUAUAGCUCUUAGAGAUGUUCUUAAAGCCUUCCUGUAUCCAUAGUAAAGAGGCAGCUGAGUUGUGUUUGGUAACGCACAGUAUUGGCAUCCGGAGAUAGUUUCAUUUUCGUAGAAAAUAACAGGCCGGUAAAACCAGUGGCCUGAUGAUAUAACCAGGUAGUCAAGCUGGUUGAUCUGGCUCGUCCACGUGGUGUCAUACUCGUCCAAGUAUAGGCUGAAGAGGUUACAGUCCGGGUCUGUAGGGUCAGCUUUAGUAGUUUUCACUAGAAAUGGUGACCACAUGGCGUGUAGAGUGAAGUUAUAGGAUGUGUAGUUCCAUACUUUGAAAGCUUUAUCUGGUGAAGAGGAAAUGUCUUCAGGAUAUUCCACCUACAAGGAAAUGAAAAGGGUCAACACGUUGAGAGAUGUUGGUUAGCUGGUGAUCAUUGAAAACUAGAUUAGAUUUUUUUACCCUAGAGAGAAGGCAUAUGAGAGACUGAGCUUGGUUUCUGCUAAUGGAAUCACCAACAAACCCCAUGGAUUUGCCUCUAACCAUUUCUAAGAACUCUCGAGGAUCAAAGAUGGGGAGGUCGCAGUCGUCAGGCUUCCACCUCCAUCUCAGGAACCCGGUGUCUGGUCUCCCAAACUUCAUGCAGUUCUGGUGCUCCUGUAUCGCCCAGCAAGUCGUGUUGUUAUAGUAUGGAGCUUCUUCGUUUGGUAUCCAUUCCCCUUUGAAAAGAUCACACCUCUGCUCAUUCUCAUCUCUGAUCUGCGUCCUUGAUGUUGACGUAGCGACUGGGGAUGAAUUCAGAUGACUGAGAUGCAUAUCAUCCGAUGGAGGGGGACCAUUAGUCUCGGAGGAUGAGACUGAUAGAGUUAAGAUUGGGUUUGCUAGGAGAGAAUAUAAAGCAGGGACAAUUGUUAGGGAGAAUAGAAUAAGUGAUAAUGUAAGUAUAACUCGUGGUGUUCUUUGAAGCACUGCAAACAAAGGAAGCUCCAUCGUCUGCUACAAGACUAGGGUGCCUGGUCUUAUACUCUUAUCAUCUAAAUAUGUCUAUAUACAAUUAUGGUUGGUAAUGGUGAGCUCUUGGUGAUCAAACAAUGAGGAAAUUUCUUGGCUAAGUCACUAAAUUCGACUAAAAAACAGAGCAGGAAGACUAGUGGUUUUGGUCAUUAGGACAUCAUUUUCGACUCCAGUCUUUAUCCUUUUUGUCUUCUUCUAGAUUCACGCGUAAUAUGAAAAAUACAAUGAAUGUUCACAAUUAAAUUUGUUAAUUAC